GCGCUCGUGGGCAGGAGGGGCCCGGACGGCUCGUGACCCUCUGCUCCUGGUUCAUCUCUUCUUCCGGGCCUCCCUCUCUUGCAAAAAUCCCUAGCUCGGUCUCCUCCCCUGGCCUGGCUCUUUCAUUCAAUCGGGGGAGUAGGCGGGUCCCGAUUGCCGAGAGAAACCCGCGGGCGACGGGGCGAGGUGUUGCGGAGUUGGGACUCAGGACCGCACAAAGGACCUGAUGCCCGAGCCAGGUCUUCAGGAAUAAGCGGGAGGUUGUUUUAUUUAAGGUGCAGGGCACUGUGCUAAAUGCUUUACCCACAUUAUCACAACUGUAGUGAUGUAGACUAGCAUUCUCCCCAUUCUAUUGUGGAAGCUGAAGCCUCAGUAACUUUGCUCCGCUUAUUCAGUAAGUGAUGAGUCAGAAAUCGACUUCCCAAGCCUAGACUCAACCAUACCUCUGCACUGUCUCUCUAUUAUACUGUAAGCCGACUGACAUAUUCUUUGAACAUCUUUUGUUCAGCUCUGUAAUCGUGGGCCCUCUGAGGGGAUACAGCGAGAUAGAAGCCCAGCCUCUGUCUUCUAGGUUGUAUACACCUGAAUCAGUUGACUAAAAAGGCAAAGCGCUCCAGUGAUUGGUGCUGGCUGUUCAGAGGAGGGACAGACAGAUGGCAAUCAGAGUGCGUCAAGAAGAAUGCUGACCUGAGCUGGGUGUGAUUUGGAAGAUCAAUGGAAGAACAUUCCAGGUCGGGGGCAGCCAAAGCAAAGACUCACAGGAUUCUGCCCUGGCCCUCAGGUUUUCAUCUGAUGGCUGGCAUCUUGGGGAUCUUGUUUUCGUAAGAUUGUUGGAAUUACUGUGAUCAUCAUAUGAAGGCUUCCCCUGGCCUCAUCACAUCCCAUAUCCUGGAGUUGUCCUAAGGAACCUUGGUUUAGACAUCCGAGUAUCAAGUUCUCUUCCGGAGGAAUUCUCCAGUCUUGGUGGCGUGUGGACCCCAUUUGGGGUAACUCUUUGGCAUGAUAAUCUGACACAGCUGUCUAUCCCCAGGUGUAAUUUGUCCAUUUUUGAAAACUGGCCCUGCUGCCUCUUUUCAGAACCAUUAACCCUGUACCUGGAAGUGUCUCCUAACCUUGGGGUGCUCAAGUUCAGUUGGACACUCUGCUUCAUUCUGGAAAAAAAAUAUGUGGGCUCCAGCUCAGGCAGCAUCAAGACAGGCCAGGCCUGCAGACCCUCCAAGAGGACAAAACCCCUCUUCCUCACUGUAAAGCUGGAUUCAUCUUACUGGAUGUGAGACCUUUCCUCUACCCUGUUAUCUUUCCUUCUGUGUGAUAAUCACAUGCUCACAUUCAGUCAUGCAUGUGGGUAUGCCUUUUUUCCCAGAACCUCCAUGUUCUCUUCCACAGUUCUGCUGCAGCUGCUCCUCAGCCCAGGCCCCAAGGCACAGCAGUCCCUGUGGAAGUAGAUGAUGUCAUCUGGGGAGGCAGCAACAUUUGAGGAUCUGACCAAAGACUGGAAGUAUUAGGAAGCCCCUCAGAAGGACUGCAGCAGAGGCAUAAUGCUGAACAGUUACGAGAAUGUGGUCCCUCAGGGAGACUUCUUAGAAUUCUCCAUGACACCACAGAGAGCUGGAAAUAAUCCCCCUGGUGUUUCAAGUCCAAGUGAAACAGAAACGGACAUAAGUACCAUGAGAGAAAAGUUUCUCACCAGUGUGACCAAGUUGGUAGAAAGCAAAAGUUACAACAGCAAGGUAUUUUCCAAAGAAAAGUACUUUCAAACAAUCAAGGAAGUCAAAGAAGCUAAAGAGAAGGGGAAGAAGUCAUCACGUGAUUAUCGCCGUGCAGCAAAAUAUGAUGUGAUUUCUGUAGAAGGCACAGAGAAACUCAUAGAGGCUGCUCACAGAGAACGAGAUCGAAUACGGUAUUAUGUACACAAGGAAGAGUUGUUUGACAUCCUUCAUGACACACAUCUCAAUAUUGGCCAUGGCGGGCGGACACGCAUGCUCAAGGAGCUGCAAGGCAAAUAUGGGAAUGUCACCAAAGAAGUCAUUGUCUUAUAUCUGACUCUGUGUAAACAGUGCCACCAGAAGAACCCAGUACCCAAGAGAGGCCUUGCACCCAAGCCCAUGGCAUGUAAGGACAAUGACUCCAGAUGCCAAGUUGAAGUCCUUGAUAUGCAGUCAAAUGCUGAUGGGGAAUUCAAGUUCAUUUUGUAUUACCAGGAUCACUUAACCAAGUUCAUUAUUUUACGGCCAUUAAAAGCCAAGCAGGCCCAUGAGGUAGUCAGUGUCCUGUUGGAUAUUUUCACAAUUCUUGGUCCACCCAGCGUGUUAGAAUCUGACAGCGGCAUAGAGUUCACAAACCAGGUUGUUAAUGAGCUCAACGAGGUAUGGCCAGACCUAAAGAUUGUCCUUGGUAAAUCCCACCCUGGCCAAGGCCAGGGCUUCCUGGAGCAAGCAAGCCAUGAUGUCAAGACCAUGCUGAGUGCCUGGAUGCAGAGUAACCACUCCUGUCAUUGGACCGAAGGCCUGCGAUUCAUGCAGAUGGUGAGGAAUCAGGCCUUUGAUGGUUCCUUGCAGCAGAGUCCAUAUGAGGCAAUGUUUGGUUGUAAAGCCAAAUUUGGACUCUAUUCCUCACAUUUGCCCCGGGAAACUGUGGCUGUUUUACACACAGAGGAGGAGCUAGAAAUUGCUGAAGAACAACUGGAAAGCAGCCUCUGGGUCAGGCAGGAAGAGAGGGCUGAGGUUGGAGCAGACCGGUCUGACAUGGAAGAGGACGUUGAUCCCACACCUCUCGAAGCCUCGGAGCCCAGCACCUCCCAGGCGGCCUCAGGUCUCUUCUCCUGGUGAACAGACAUCUGCUGGGUGGCCGCUUAGUGCCUCUGGGUGCCGUAGAGCCACCUGAGAGUUGUAGCCAAGACCCCAGAUGAAAGGAGUGAAGGCCACUCUCUCAGGAACGCCAUUCUUGGUAGUCCUGGGUCAGAGGGGACGGUGGCUCCAGUCUCUGAUCUCACCUGCCCUAACAAAUUCCCACAAACCUGGAGGCUUAAAACAGAACUUUGGGGACUUCCCUGGCAGUCCAGGGUUGAGACUGUGAGCUCUCAAUGCAGGGGGAGCAGGUUUGAUCCUUGGUUGGGGAACUAGGAUCCUGCAUGCUGAGGACACAGCCAAAAUUUAAAAAAAAAAAGAUUAAAAAAAAAACUUUCUUCUUAGUCCUAGAGGCCAGAGAUCUGAAAUCAGGGUGUUGGCAGGGUUCAUUCCUUCUGGAGGCGCCAAGAGAGAAUCCAUUCCAGGCCUUCCUCCUUUCUCUAGUGGCUGUCAGCAGUUCUUGGCACCCCUGGGCUCAGAGUAGCACAGAUCCAGCCUCGGCCUUGUCUUCAUGUGGCCUUCUCUCCUUGGUCUGUGUGUGUGCUUCUCUUCUGUCUCUUACAAGGACCCCGUUGGACACCAAAUCUAUGUAGUUGGAUUUAGGGCCCAGCCUAAUUAAUGAUUUCAUCUCAAGAUACUUACCUUAAUUUCAUCUGCAAAGACCCUGUUUCUAAAUAAGUUCACAUUCAUGGUUGCUCAGGGCUUGGACUUGGACAUAUCUUUGGGGGGUGGUGGUGACUGCAGUUAUACUGCAAUUGGCUCAGGGGUAAUGAACCUGCUUGCCAAUGCAGGAGAUUCAGAUUUGAUCCCUGGGUCAGGAAGAUCCCCUGGAGGUGGAAAUGGCAACUCGCUCCAGUAUUCUUGCCUGGGAAAUCCCAUGGACAGAGGAGCAUGGCAGACUGCAGUCCAUAGUGUUGCAAAAGUCUGACACAGCUUAGCGACUGAGCAUGCACACAGUUCUACUGACUACAAUCAGUGGAAGAGGAUGUUUGCUUGCAGAACAUAAACUGAUGGGGUCUGAGCCCUGUAGAGCUGGUGGGAUUGCCCUGCAUGUAUCAAGUAUCUGUUCCUGCUCCUCAGGCACAGAACCCAAAAGAUGGGGGCAUCAGAGAAAAAGAUGUAGAUGAAGGACAAAUAAUGAGAAGAACAGAGGUUGAUCUCACGUGCCCCAGAGACGCCGCCCCACUCGCUGAGCUUUGUUUUCUGCUUCAAGAGAAACCUGAUGUACCCACCCUGCUCUCAGAAUGGCAUCCACUGGGAUCGAUCUGCCUGAAAUAAAUUUUAAAAAUAGGUCAAAAUUAAGGCAUGGCUAGGGUUUGGGUCUGAGCCUGCCAGUGUGCUGUGCCUCAAGCACAGCAUGACGUGUAGUCCUGGAACGGUCAUACAUUCCAGGAAGUGACCAAUAGCCGGAAAACAACUAGGGACUCCGGAGCAAAUUGCAAAAGUUGGCCUGAGGUCACUGCUUCAGCCAGAGAAGAAUAGAGCAAAGGCCAGUCUGGGUCACAGUUCAGAGGAAAGGGGAGGGUAAUGCCCAGGAUCUGUGCAUGGCUGUAUUCUCAAAGGCCUGGAAGAGGACUCAGCCCAUCAGAGGUGUUGAGUAAGGGUUUGUUGAGUGAAUAAAUGAUUCUACAGACAUGGACACAGGGAAGGAGAAGGGGCCUGCAGUUUCUGACUCUCCAGUUCUUUCUUCCUGCAUAUCCCAGAACCAUCUCAAACCAUUCUGGGGGACUUCCCUGGUGGUCCAGUGGUUAAGACUCUGCGCUUCCAGUACAAGGGGCACAGGUUUGAUCCCUGGUUGGGGGAGUAAAAUCCCACAUGUGCCUUGGCACCGCCAAAAAAAAAAAAUUCUGAUUGCCCCCAACUUUGGCUUCCCCUUGGGCCAAGAGCAGUCUCCUGAUGAUGCCUGCCUCACAGGGUAGUUGUGAAAGACAGUGAGAUAAUGCUUGUGAACUUCUAAGAUGUGAGUUGUCCUUGCUACCUUCAGAUCUUACCCUCAUCAUGAGAGUUGGAGAUCACUGUUGCCAUUCCUUUGCUGAUUAAACAGUGUUAAGCUAGACAUCCAGGAAAUCUGCACUAUUAUUAGACAGGAAGUGAUGUCACUCUUCCAGCUUGUCUUGGAGGACCAGAAUCUUGGCUUCAUCCUCGGCCAGCACCUCACAUCCCCUUCCUGUAUCACUCAGCUGAGCAGGGCCUGGGAGGCCCAACUUGACUGAUGUUGCCCCCUGUCCCCCCCAUGCUGACCUACCACCUCCUGAUGGCGGAGCAAAUCAGGAACCACACCAUCAGCUCCUGUGGGUAAGAGGUCAAAGGAGGCACUAUGCUACUGUCUUUCCCAGGGGGUGGCUGCAAAUAACGGAGGUUUCCGGAGCUGCUACCUCAGCCUUUCUCUUCUGCUCCCUAGUGUUUACAGUGGAGGGACCUAGAGGAGGACACCUAGACCCAGCCCAGCCUUCCUCUGUGUUAUCACAUUUCAGCAUCUGGAGCAGAACCAGGCUUUCAGUUUGCAAAUAUGUUUUGUCCAUAUAAUGUCUUUUAAAUUUAAAAGUUAAUUGCCAUCACUUUCAAAGCAGAUUUCACAUAAGAAUCUGGAUGUCUAGCACUUCUUGAAAAUUUAGAAGAUCUGACCUCCCACAUUUUUUGCAUGGCAGCCAAUGACCAAGUAGUAACCCCCAGGAGACAGUCCAGUCCUGCAUUCUACAUUAGUCCACCAUCUAGGCUGUUCAGAUUGUUUGCAUACUUGUUUCUAUGGUCGAUUGCUAAAGAAAGGCAAAUGAAGUCAAUGUGAAUAAAGGCCAGAAACAGACCCUUGUAUCUAGGAAUUUGUGAUAAAAGACAUUUCAGAUCUGUGGGAGGGAUUGUAUUAUUCAGUUAAUGGUGCUGAUCAAUUAUAUUUCAAUUUAAAAAAAAGAUAGUAGUGCUGGAUCAUAGAGCUGUCCAACUGGAAUAAAAUAAAGUCUGAUCCCUAAACAGAAAACAAAACUGU